GUUUUAUUCCAGCGACAUCUUUGUGCCAGUAGCAGUACCAGUACCAGUAGUAGAUAUGACCAAGAAAUUUCGAUGUCAGCGUCAGACACAACCGGCACCCCCUGCUUAGUUUAAGUUUUACCUGGUGAAAACAAAUUUCUUCCACGAGUCGUGUACGAAUCGAUAAUACAAAAUGGGUGCGAAGCAAAAGUUUUCCUCCAUGGACGUGGGGGCCAUGGUGAGCGUGUUGCAGAACAAGGUGCUUCGCAACCAAGUGGCUAAUGUGUACGACUUGGCGGCCAGUAAAGCCUUCUUGCUGCGGUUAAAAAAUCGCGAGAAGGAUUCCAAGGUGGCCGGAACGGAGUUUUCCAACAUCAUUCUCGAGCCCGGCACCAGGUUUCACAUCACGAAGUUUGACCGCGAAAAGAGCACCGUGCCCUCCUCCGCCACCAUGAAGCUUCGAAAACACUUGCGCAAUCUUCGGCUCACCGACGUGCAGCAAGUGGGGCUGGACCGCGUGGUGCUUUUUACGUUUUCAGGGGCCGGCGGUGCGAAUUUUCAGGCGGGCGGGGACCCGACCGACAAUGUUCCGGAACCGGCACCCACGACACAGCAGCCCGUCAAGCUGUUUCUAGUCCUGGAAUUGUACUUUUCACUUUUUUGUUUGAAGCUGCUUUGAUGUGCAUCUAAAUGUGCAGAGGGCUCGAAGUUUUCAUGUGCCCACAACAAGUCGUGUGGAUGUGGUGAUUCACUACAAGUCGAACGAUAAUUGAAAGCGCUUUUACUUAAUCAUUUUGCAAAUAAUAUAACCCUACUUCUCCCAGGUUUGUCCGCGGCAGUUUGGUGUUGUGUGACCACGACAUGAAGGUGCUGUUUCGGUCUGUUACCUAUGAGUACGCGACGAAUCACGUGCCGAUCGGCGAAGUGUACAAGUUCGACCAGCCUGCCAUGACGUGUUUGGUGAAUCCAAAGAUCGCCACCGAUCAAACCGCCCCAACCGUUCCCUGCCCAACCCGAAUACGCGAGUUUUGUGAGGCGAUUGUGGCCAAGGAAGACGAGGAGGCGGCGAAAGCAGCGGCGGACGACGGCACCUCCGCGGCUGCCGCCGGAGCGGGAGGUGGUAAGAGAAACAAAAAGAAAAAAAAAGGGGGCGACAAGAAGCUCGAUGCGGUUCUCCUGCAGCUUCUGUACUGCGUCCACCCUAGUCUGUGCAACUUCGCGCUCGAGCAAGCCGGACUGAAACCGACGGUCAGCGUCCGCGACGCGCUCCUGGACGGCGAGAGCUUCGGCCAAAAGAUGGCCGCAGCGGCCAGUGGCUGCCUGGAGAUGAUGCGGUCGGUUUCCUCCUACGACAACAAAAAGCCUGCCACGCUGGGUUGCAGUUUGGGAGGAGACCCCAGCGCCUACCGCACGGAGGCCUUGCGCGGCUUUAUCUGCAUUGACGACAAACAGUACCUGGACUUCUCUCCCGUCAAAUGCCUGCUGCAGCACUACACUGAGGACAUGAUGGCCACAAGUACUGAGCAGGACGGAAAUAACAGUACUAGUAGUCCAAGCAGUAGCAGAGCAGGCAUCCUCAAGACCACUGCUGCAACGACAACAGACGGCGCCGGCGCAGUUUCUUCAGUGGACAAUAAAAAACCUCCGAAAUUGUGCCGGGUUUUCGCGGACUUUGGGGAAUGCGUGGACGAGUUCUUCUCUCAGCGCGAAAUCCAGAAAAUCGAGGAGGCGAAACAGCAGAAACAAUCCAAGGUGCUCUCCAAGGUAGAGCGCAUCAAGAAGGACCACGAGGAGCGGUUGCAGAAGAUGGAGCAGAUUCAGUUCGACGCGGACCUGAAAGCGCUGCUGCUGGAGGAAAAUUUGGAACUUGUUGACAACUGCAUCACGAUGCUGAACGCCCGCGGCCGGAUCGACUGGCAGCAGUUGUGGCAGGAAAUCAAGAUCCAACAAGGCCUCGGGCACCCCCUGGCCCAGCACAUCCAUUCCCUGGAGUUUGCGAAAAACCAGUUCACCAUCCUGCUCGAAGAUUCCGUGUCCACGCUAGGAACUGAGCAGGAAGAAAGUAGUUCUUUGUCGAAGACGAACUCGCAGGCGGUCGAGUCCGAGGAGGAGGACGAUGACCUGGAUGCCUUAUUUUCCGACGACGACGACGGGGACAUAAAUAACGAGAAGGAAGGUAAGAGCAAAAGAAAAAACGCCAAUGCGCAGACCCAACGCCAAGACCUGCCCAUGGUCACGCUGCCGAUCGACCUCGGGCUGACCGCGUACGGCAACGUGGCCAAGUUGCACGCGCACCGCAAGGCGACCAAGAGCAAAAACGAGAAAACGGUGCUCGCGAAGGACCGCGUGCUGAAGCAGGCCGAGAAGAAGGCGCAGCUGGACGUGAAGAAGAUCGAGCGCGACCACAAAGUCCAAAACCUGCGGCAGGUCCGGCAACUCACCUGGUUCGAGAGCAAGUUCCACUGGUUUUUGUCCAGCGAGGGCUUCCUGUGCCUGCAGGGGCGCGACGCGACCACGCAGGACAUGCUGAUCAAACGCUACAUGGACCCCGCGCACGACGUCGUCGUCGGCACGGAUCACGUCAGCUACCACGGGGCGACGGCGGCGCGGCUGGUUUUGGUCAAGAUGCGUCGCGACCUGCUGGAAACUGGGAGUUGUACUAAAAAGAUGGAAAACUACCAACUCGAAAUUCCGCCCUUAACCCUGCAGGAAGCCGCGGUGCUGUGUUUGGCGCAGAGCGAAGCGUGGGCGAAAAAGGACUUGGUGCCGUGCUGGUGGGUGUUUGGGAAGGAAAUCAAGUUUCGCAGCCUGGAGAUUGAGGGCAAAGCGUACUACUACGACAUCGCGGCGUCCGCCAAGAACUUGCUACCGCCCUCGAAGCUCGAAAUGGGCUAUUGCCUGCUGUUCGAGGUCGAGUUGUCCAACACGCGGCACGCAGGGGAGCGAAAAAUUCGGUCCGGACCCGACGCAGAUGAGCAGCAGCUUGCAUCUUCUGCGAGCAGCCCCAACAUCGAGGACGAGGAUGAAACUGCGGAAAAUGAGGAAGAGAGGAAUGUGGACGAAGAGGGAGGGCCAUUGAAGUCCCAUGAAGAUGAACAAGCAGAGGACCAACACAGCAAUUCCUCACAGGACGAUGACAAGGAAAUAAGCGACACCGAGGAUAUCGUGCAGCAGAAUUAUGGCACUCCUGGUCCUGAAGAACAUGCUAGCCCAGCACGAAGCGCGCAAAGUCGGUUUGCAGCUGUUGAAAGCGAACAGAAAGAGACGCUGCUACCGACGUUGGAAGAGGAAGUAAAUGCGAAGCUGACUAGUAAUGGACGUGAAAUAAACAACUACACCGGUCAAGCGCAAAGCCUGGAAGAUUCUAAGCUGUCGGGGCUGGGAGAAAAAGAUCUGGACGAAAGCCAGGUGAACGACGAGUACAAAUUUCAUCCAACCGAGCGCAUCGCGGGACCUGGGCACAAGAAAAAGUUGACGAAGAAGGAGCGCGAGUUGGCAAAAAAGGGCAUAUUAUCAAAUGCAAAAAUGUCUGGGUCCUGGAAGGAUGUAACUUGUGAUGCGCAUUUCAGAACACACAAAAAUCUCUGAUGCAUAGGCAGCAAAAGCUGCUCACUUUCUGUCACCAAAAUGGGGGAUUUGUUAUGCGGAUUCGGCAUUGCGGAAGCUUCUCGGAACCUGUGAUGCUAGAGCUUCCAUGCCAAACCUUCUGUGUCAUGCAGAAACAGCAUGACUCUUCCAGACCGAGACAUUUUAAUAUUCGAUACAUAGUUCCACCAGCACCGCAGCAGCAGAACGACGCAGCCGACAGCGAUGUUGAUGAGCCUACUGAUGGCGGCAGAGCUAGAGCUAGAGCUUCCAAUACGAAGCAGAAUCAGAAAAGUAAGAACUCUACUCCUCCUACAACAACUGGGAGCGAAAUAAAUCAAAAAGGUGCAUCUACAUCUAGUACUGCACAGCAGGCCGUCCCGAAAGCAGUGCCGCGCGGGCAAAAGGCAAAGUUGAAGCGCGUGGCGAAGUAUGCCGACCAAGAUGAAGAAACGCGAACAGCACGGAUGGCAUUGAUAGGCGCGAAAGAGAAAAAGGUAGCUCCAGUCCUAAACGCCGGCAUCUUCGGCGAACAAAUAAAUCCGGGCGACGACAAUGAUGCGGCGGAUGGUUCUCCUUCUGGACGAACCGUAGAUCAUGGGCAGCAGAACACAGGCGACAAGAAAGGGGGAGCAAAGCCGGGCGCUAAGGGUAAAGGAAAACAAGCCGGCGGUACUGCGCGAGCGGAGACAAAACCGAAAACGCAGUGGCAGCUGGAAGGCGAGCGAACCGCCAUUCAAGAGGCACUGCUGCUGGACCCAUUGACCUGGGACGCGCGGUUCACCGGCCGCCCGUGUCUGGAAGACGCCGUCGUACGGGCGAUUCCCAUGUGCGCCCCCUGGAGUGCGAUCAACAAAAGUUGCUGGUUCAAGGUACGCCUGACGCCCUCCACGGGCAGCUCCGCUAUGAAGAAGGGGCGACUACGCGAAAUUGCGCAGCACCUCUUUUUCGACGACCGAAACCAAAGCGACAUCAGUCUGCAGCUGCAAAAAGAGCAAGCGGAGGGUGACCAGUCGGUGGCCUUGACGCCGCAGAGCGUUCUCUCGCAGUGGAAGGAGUACAUGCAUGCCAUUCCGGACAUGGAAAUCAUGAACGCGCUGAUUUCGGGUUCCCAAAUUCAAGCGGCGGGCGUCCAGAAGGUCCAAAAACAGAUGAAGAAGGAGAAAGUAACGAAGGCCAAGAAUAACCAGCAACAGGGAGGAAAUAAAGCCAAGAAAUGA